UAGCUAUUGGUCUACAAGUCCUAAACAGUCAUAUGUCUUCAUUACUUUAGGCAAAGACCAGUACAUAAGCAACUGUAAAGUGAAGUAGUCACAUGAACUGAUAAAUACAUUCCUGUAGUGUAAAAUUCUGUUACAAGCAUUUGUCCUUGACAUUUUAAUUUAUAGCUGUACACAGAACAAUCAAGUCAAAGAAUGAAGGACAUUGUUUCCUUGGACGUAUAUUUACUGGCCAUUUGUGUGGUCAUCACUGGAAACUGCUGCUACGGCAAAACUGUGAUUAUGUUUCCAAUCCCCACCAGGAGCUAUGUCCUUUACCACUCUAAAAUUGCAAUGGCGCUAGCAGAACUCGGCCACAGUGUUCACAUCUGCCUGACGGAGCACUCUGCAAAAGAAGGACUGGUCAGGGAGAGUGACCGGGUUCAUUUUCUGAUCUAUGGGCAGAACCUGGGUAAUGUGGAACAAACGUUGCUUCUGAGCACCAACCUAGUAGAGAAGUUUUGGAAGAGAGAAACAGUGGGCUUGGGUAUGUCCAGUUUGAAGCCUUUAGCUGACCACAUCAGACAUUUUGUUACAGAGGUAAUGUCAGACAAUGUCUUUAUUGAGAAGUACAAAAGCCUGAACCCUGACUUGUUUAUUCUGGAAUCGACUGUGUUAGUCCUCAACAUGGUUGUCCUGCCUUAUGCGAUGGGCACUCCAUUUGCUUUAUUAGGAACCUUCCAUGACAUGAUUCUCACAAGGACCCCUUUCAGUCCAGCAGUGGAGCCCUUCCCUCAUGCAAGUUUUACUAACAGGAUGACAUUUUUAGAAAGAGUAGAAUCUACCCUUAUGUGUCUUGCUAGACUUACCAUUGAUCCAUUGACGGACGACAGUCUGGUGGCUAGCUUUGCACCACACAAGCCACAGCUGUCUGUUUAUAAUAUACUACGUAGAGCGGAAGUCUUUAUUGCGGAGACAGACUCCAUUCUGGACUAUCCACGGCCAAUGAUGGUAAAUACCAAACUUAUUGGUGGCUCUUCUGCCACAGAGCCUAGAGCUCUGCAGGGGCAGUUUAAAACAUUUGUGAAUGAGUCCCCUAAGGGCCUAGCUGUGGUAACAUUUGGUGCUAGUGAUCAUAAAGUACCUGCAAGCAUACUGGAUAAAAUGAUGUCAGCCUUUACGCAACUCGACUUAUCAGUCAUAUGGAAGAGAGACAAUAUGACAUCUCCAGUACCUCCAAAUGUUCUCACAUCAGAAUGGAUCCCACAAAAUGACCUUCUGGGUCAUCCCAAAACUAAAGUAUUCGUAUCCCAUUGUGGUAAAAAUGGACAGUAUGAGUCUUUGUAUCAGGGUGUUCCCAUACUCUGCCUACCUAUAUACGGUGACCAAUUUUACAAUUCGAAACGCAUUGUCACCAAAGAAUUUGGACUUGAUGCAGACAUAAGGGACAUAACUAGUGAGGAGCUAGCACAACUUAUCCAACGAGUGGCUUAUGAUCCUAAAUAUAGAAACAACAUUCAGAAAGCAUCCAUGUUAUUCAAAGAACUUUACAAAGUCCCCAGCAAGGAAGCAGCUUACUGGUUUGACCAUGUCAUGAGAUAUGGUGGAGAUUACAUGAGAUCACCAGGUCAAGAAAUGCCGUUCUACCAGUUUCUUUUGCUAGAUGUCAUGGCCUUUGUCACACUUGUAGUCGUUAUCUCUUUGUUGAUAAUGUAUGCCAUAUUUAGAUUAUGUUUUACAUGGAUACAAAAACGCAGGCAUGAGAAAAUAAAAUUGCAGUAACAAUAAACUUUAUCAAGCAUUACUGCACAGCGAUUAUUAUUUUUUUAUUACUUAUAUGACAUGUUAAUCAGUCAAUACACAUAAACAUUAAAUGUAGUAGAGUUUAAACACACACUAAUUCAGCUGUAGAGAUUGAGCACAUACAAAUACAAAGAUUUUAAGAUAAUGAAAUUAAGCACGCCAAAACAGAGCCUUAAAUAUGCAACAGAUAUAAAAAUACUGAUGCAGAGUCUUGACUCAAAUACGAGUGGGUAGUAACUAAGCUCAAAUACAAACAUAUAGAAACUAAAUGCGAAUUCAGACAUUUUAAAGAUAACAUCUGAUUGUAUAGAAACAGAAGCUGAAAAAUAGUCCAUGAAGAUAACUGUUGUGACACUGUUACUUUGUGUGGUCAACCGUGACACAAUAACGUUAGUUGGGUUUUAUGUCUAUUAGGUUUUAACUAACUGUAGAUUUGUUUAGAGCUACCGAGCUAUAUUUAUAAAAUGACUAUUAUUAAUUGUAAAUACAUUAAGGUCAAUAAAGGUGCAUGAGCUUCAAAGAACUGAGUCUAUUUAUUUAUAAACUGGAUAAAAAAAAUGAGACAAUGCCAGCUGUGUAAUCCUCCUCAUCAUCAUUAGGCAAGUGUCAUAAUGUGUCAAAUUCCUUCUUUCUUCCCAGUCAACAGCUGUUCUUAACAGACUGUCAAGAGAGUGGCCGGUCCAUUCUUUCACACUCUUCAGCCAGCUUUUCUUUGGAUGACCCUUUCUUCAUGCUCCCUCCUAGGCACUGGACCAAGAAGGAUGAUUUUUUUUUUACAGUGAGUUAUUUCAGCUUUCGUUUCUAGAAGAAUUCCUCCUCUUUGCUAGUUGGAAUGUUGACUUAUGAAAGUACAAACUCGUUUUCUUUUCCUGACAUCUGAUACCCAUCAGUUUUAUGUAGCAUUUACACUCAACUCAUCUUAUAGCCUAAGUGUUCAGCGUCCAACUUAAACAACCAAAUAACUAGCAAAGUAAACAGUUUAAAAGCUGAUAAAUUGAAGACAAAUACACAGUUUAUGAGUUCCAUAUGAUUAAAGCACUGCUUAGGUAACUCCUUACAAAAAUUUUAACAGCUUAUGAAUAGCAAUAUACAUCUCAAAUAUAUGGUUUAGAGCCCUGAGGACAAAUCUGAUCAGUUGAGGCGUAUGUGUCAAAAGAACAUGUACAUGUGCAAAAGUUAUUCCAAAUUGUUGUAACUAAACUGUGACGCUGGUCAGUGUAGCCCUAUGUGUAAUCAACCGCCACAUGUGACACAGACCUGUGUACUUAGGACCAGCUGAGUUAAGGUGAGAAUGAGAUUCAAGUACAAGUUGUGUAUAGCUGUUAUGUUCAGACAUUGACAUCUGCCAAUUAUUGGAUGGCUGCCUGGUCGUGCGGUUUGAGCGCUGGACUGUCGUUCGGAUUUAUCGACGGUCGAGGGUUCAAACCCUGCCCGCUCCCAUCCCCCGUCGUCCAGCGGGAGGUUUGGACUAGGAAGUAAACUAUCUUCAACUCUGAAGGAACAUCCGAAACAUGUAAAACAUUAUAAAAACAUUUUUUAUUAAGUACCUGUAUUUAAUUGUUUAUUUUUCAUUAUUUAUUUCACUUAUUAAAAUGUCU